AUGCACCGGUUAGCUUCAAAGGUAGACGAGUAUGCUCGUGGUAUGAUUAGUGGAACCGGUUCAACACUUUUUGAAGAGCUUGGUCUCUACUAUAUUGGUCCUGUUGAUGGACACAACAUUGAUGAUCUUGUUUCCAUUCUUAAAGAAGUAAAGAACACAAGAACCAUAGGAACGGUUCUUAUUCAUGUCUUGACUGAGAAAGGUCGUGGAUAUCCUUAUGCAGAGAGAGCUGAUGACAAGUAUCAUGGAGUUGUGAAGUUUGAUCCAGAAACAGGUAAACAGUUUAAGAGCACUGGCAAGACUCAGUCUUACACUACCUAUUUUGCGGAAGCAUUGAUUGCGGAAGCAGAGGCAGACAAAGAUAUUGUAGCCAUUCAUGCAGCCAUGGGAGGUGGGACUGGUUUGAAUCUCUUCCAGCGUCGCUUCCCUACAAGAUGUUUCGAUGUUGGUAUAGCAGAACAACACGCAGUUACUUUCGCUGCUGGUCUUGCUUGUGAAGGCCUUAAGCCCUUUUGUGCAAUCUACUCGUCUUUCAUGCAACGAGCUUAUGACCAAGUUGUACACGAUGUUGAUCUUCAGAAACUGCCAGUGAGAUUUGCAAUGGACAGAGCAGGACUUGUGGGAGGAGAUGGUCCAACGCAUUGUGGAGCAUUUGAUGUAACGUUUAUGGCUUGUCUUCCAAACAUGAUAGUGAUGGCUCCAUCUGAUGAAGCAGAGCUUUUUCACAUGGUUGCAACCGCUGCAGCUAUUGAUGACCGUGUCCCUCUUGAGAUUGGAAAAGGUAGGAUCUUGAAAGAAGGCGAGAGGGUUGCACUCUUAGGCUAUGGAUCAGCCGUUCAAAACUGUUUAGAGGCUGCUUCGAUACUCGAUGAGCGAGGGUUAAAGAUAACUGUCGCCGAUGCAAGAUUUUGCAAGCCGUUAGACAUUGCUCUCAUUCGUGGCUUAGCUAAAUCGCACGAGGUUUUGAUAACGGUUGAAGAAGGUUCCAUUGGAGGGUUUGGAUCGCAUGUGGUACAGUUUCUUGCUCUUGAUGGUCUUCUUGACGGAAAGCUCAAGUGGAGACCAAUGGUAUUACCUGACCGUUAUAUCGAGCAUGGAUCACCACUGGAUCAAAUGGCUGAAGCUGGCCUCACAGCUUCUCACAUUGCAGCCACUGCACUUAACUUAAUCGGGACACGUAGAGAAGCCUUGUUUUGGGAGUAG